UGGCCUCCGGGCGCGCGGACCCCCUGCGCCCGCCCGCGCCCGUCCCCGUCGGCCGCCUCGCCUCCUCGCCGCGCCCUCGCUCCAGCCCGCGCAUCGGGCGGCGCUGCACGCGGGUCACGCCCCUCCCGCCCGGCACCGUUCUCCACGCCCCGCCGGACGCGGCGGACGGCCUGCAGGAGCCCAGCCGCCACGCCAAGGGUAAGGCGUUGUCGCCGGCCAAGCGCCCUACGCCCGGGAGGAGUCCUUCGCAUCCCCCGUGGAGCGGCAGGAACUCGAGAGCCUCCAGCGCCGCCGUCAGGGAGGAUCAGGCGCCGUGGCCGACGUCGUCCCUGGACAGCGGCCCCAUCGAGCACGCCACGCCCGCGGCCUCCUCGUCGCCCGGCCGCGCCUCCUCCAAGGAAAGUCGAAGUCCGUGGCGAGGGAUGUACACAGUGCCAACCAUCAACGUGGCAUCAGAUUCUUCAAGCACAGGAAUGAAGUGGCUGCGGUAUUGCGCCUCUCCAAGCAGUGACGUCAGUAAUUUCACGAGCCUCGAGCACAGCCGCUACGUGACCGAGCGCAUCCACAACCUGGUGACGGCGUUCAGCCAGCGCGCCAGCAGAGUCAAGGCGCAGAUCACGCAGCCUCCCACGCCGUCGACGGAGCUGUCUGAAGGAGGAGAAGACUCCCACCGGCCCACCGACCUCCGCCAGCGCCUCGACUCCCUGAUGCCCGAGCUCUCGUCCAGGUCGCCGUCGCCGCAGUCUCUGGUGGGCGUGAAUACCCGUCGGGCGCGCCUCCUCCGUCGGCUCCGCUCCUGCAGGAGGGCGCUCGACUUCCCCAACGGCAUGGAGCCGCAUAGCCGCCUGUACAUCUGGUGGCUCCUCGUGGUCUCCAUCGCGUACGUGUACAACGCGUGGGUGAUUCCCCUUCGCUUCGUGUUCAGCGAGUACCAGAACGAGCACAACUUGGUGUACUGGAUGGUGGCAGACUACACGGCCGACCUGAUCUAUGUCAUGGACAUUGUGUUGUUCCAAUCACGAAUUAAAUACCUGGACAAUGGCUUCUGGGUCAGUUCCAAUAAGCUUAUGAGGACGCACUAUGCCAAGUCGACGAAGUUCCGAUACGACCUCAUUGCCCUGUUGCCUCUCGACUUCCUUUACUUCAAGUUCGGCCCUUUGUCCAUAUUCAGGCUGCCGCGACUCAUCAAGAUUAAGACUUUCUGGGAAUUCUUCAACCGUCUGGACUCGGUGCUGUCGUCUCCCCACGCGGUUCGAGUGGUUCGGACGGUGCUCAACAUGCUCUACCUGAUCCACCUGAACACCUGCGCCUAUUACGGCUUUUCCAAGGUGGAGGGCAUUGGGUCCAACCGAUGGGUCUUCCAGGGCAAAGGCAAUGCGUACAUCCGCUGCUUCUACUUCGCCACCAAGACGGCCACGAGCAUCGGCAAGAACCCGAAGCCGGAGAACGAGGCGGAGUACAUGUUCAUGACGGCGUCGUGGCUCAUGGGCGUGUUCGUCUUCGCUCUGCUCAUUGGACAGAUCCGGGACAUCGUGGCAACGGCGACGCGGAACCAGAACGAGUACCGGAAAGUGAUGGACCAGACGCAGGCUUACCUCCAUCGCCUCAACCUCCCUCCCCUUCUGCAGGAGCGCGUCAGGCUGUGGUUCACCUACACGUGGCAUAACCAGAAGACGUUGGACGAGAUGAGGUGCCUCCAGUCCCUGCCGCGCAAAAUGCGAACAGACAUCGCCAUCAACGUGCACAUCCAGACGCUUUCCAAAGUGCAACUGUUUCAGGACUGCGACAAAGCGCUGCUGAGGGACCUCGUGCUUAAACUCAAACCGGUCUUGUAUUUACCCGGGGACUACGUGUGUAAAAAGGGGGAAGUAGGGAAGGAGAUGUACAUCGUGCAGACCGGCCAAGUGCUCGUGAUGGGCGGCGAGCGCGGGGACGUGGUGUUGGCGACGCUCGGGGAAGGCAGCGUCUUCGGGGAAAUCUCGCUGCUGGCGCUCGCCGGAGGGAAUCGACGCACGGCCAAUGUCCGAUCUCGUGGGUUCAGCAGUCUCUUCGUACUGAGCAAGUCUGACCUUCAAGCUACGAUCAAGGAUUACCCGGAGGCACAAGAAAUUCUCAAGAAAAAGGCGAAGUAA